AUGUCAAGUUUUCCAGGUGAAGAUACUGAAAUUCCAAAAAGAGUUGCUGAAGCACUAGCACAUCAGCCAUUAAACCAUUUGGUACCGAAGAAUGAAUUGUCGAAGCUAAUUUCAGAUCCUAUCUCGUUAUCAUUACAGUUAGAAGCAGCAGAUGCUUUCGAACCAAUCCCAGCUGAACUAUUGGACGAUUCACAUCCUAUAAGCGUCGGUUCCAAUAAAUCAAAUGACUUGAAAACCUUGAAGUUCAAGCGCCCUAGAGGGUGCAACCUAAAUAAACUUUCGGAAGGAGUGAAUCAGGGUUCUACUUCGGAUGAUUUAAGUAACUUGGCUGAAACAUGCCUAUCCAUAACGGCAAUGGUAGAAUCAGAAGCAGUUAUUGAAAGCCCUAUGUCCAAUGCUAUAAAGAGAAAUCAUGAUGUUUUCUCCGACAAGAUUGAAAUGGUUGAGAUGGUCAAAAAGGAGAAACUACUAAAUUCAAACUCAUCUAUAUCUUUAAACCAAGUAUCCUUGGGAACUCAAUAUUUGAAGGAAUUAAUGGUCUUAAUGGAGUAUGUUGGAACUGAUGAAGCGUCUGCACAGCUUGGAGAUUUAGAAUACUGGAUCCCAUUGGACAGUGGAAAUGCCUUUAUGCUGUCAAAACAGUGCCUUGGAAAACUACAUGUAGUUUUCCGGAAUAUUUUAACUACUCCUUCUGUAUGGGCUACUUUAAACAUUUCAUUUAUUCAAAGAAUCAUGGAUGUCUGCAUAAACAAUAUUUCUAUUGCAAAAGAAAAAAUUGAAAUCAAGGACGAACUGUUUGACUAUCAAUCCUUUGCUUUCGAAUCCUCCAUAAUUGUUUUUCUAAUUUUUCUAUUAGAUCAAAAUGACAUGAGGUUAUAUCUAGAGCAAUAUAUGGUAGUACCUAUUGAAUUUUUGAUAUCUGUUAUUGAAAAUUUACAUGAUGAGUUUGAAAUUGGCUCUAAAAAUGUUGAAAAUACCUUAUCAUCUCUACAUUCUACAUUGAGUUUAUUUCCAAUAUACAUUUCAAAGAGACCAACACUUGAUGAGAGUUUUGUUACUAAAUUGGUUUAUAUGUUCUCAGAGUUAAUAAUGGCCAAUUGGUCUCAUAACUCAAACACAGUUCUAGUUCAGAACCAGAUUGAAAAUGUGAAAACUGUCUCAAUCCAGAGUAUUGAAAUGAUAUUUGAAAAGUUCCCUGAACAACGAAUGUUUGUCAUUGACGAACUUCUUUCACAUCUGGAUAAUUUGCCAACCACUAGAUCUCAGAAGAGGAUGAAAAAUAUUGCAAAAUCUAUCUAUAUCACUCACUUUACUUUCACUUUACUUUCUGUUUUACAGGUCUGGAAUAACUACGAUUAUUGCUCUAAGUUAGAUAAUUUGGACAAAGAACAACUGAAGGAUGUAAUUACGCACUACAAUGGGACAAAGCUAGAUUUGGAUAUUGCCAUAGAUUACAUUAUAGAAACAAUAUUAAAAAAAACGUUUUCGAAUAUUUCAAAAUACAGAAUUGUACUUGAUCAUUUUGUUUGUGAUUUAACAUCUAUAGUCAUGUUACCAAAUUGGCCUAUCUCGGAUGUCAUACUAGCACCACUUUUAAAAAAAUUAUUUCUAGUCUUUAAUCCUCAAUCCCAAAACUCUAUUAACGUUGAAUCUCUUGCUUUACACGAAAUAGGAUGCAUUGGCAGUAAAAUACUUGACAUUAGACAAUCGGCAAAACCUGAAGAAGAUAAUAACCUGAUUAAGAUUUUCAAUUAUCCUGAACAUAUUAAUACAUUAAUAGACGCCUUCGAAAGAUGUAUUUUAUAUUGCAAGAGUACCAAGAAGCCUUUGAAUUCUAUAAAAUUCUUAUGGAGCAAGCAAGUGACAGCACUGGUAAAGCUGAUGGAAUUUGAUAAAGACUCUGAACUAUGGAAUUCCAAGUUGAAUGACAAGUUAUGUUCCAUUAUUAAGGAAAUACAUUCUAAUCCAGUUAAAAUGGAGAAUGUAAACACGACUGAUCUAGAUUCAAUGUAUGCCUGUACGUUAUUUACUUCCGAUUUGGUUAAUGCGUAUGAACCAUAUCUUAAUUUAGUACUCUCUUUGUUGGAUAGACAAAAAGUAAAAUUAAGAUCAGGAGCCAUUCGUUGUUUGGCGUUGCUAAUUUCUAAGGAUAAGAACAUGCUAUCCACACCUAUUGUCAAAGAAACGAUUCAGUGUAGACUGCAGGAUUCUUCCCCGCUUGUAAAGGAUGCAAUAUUGGAGUUAAUUGAGUUAGGUUCUGAUUAUACUCAAUUCUACGAACAUAUUAAUGUUAACUAUAGCGAUGACAGUGUGCUUGUCAGAAAACAUGUGUUGAAAAUGAACUUGAAAAUAUAUGAUGAUACCGACGAUCUUACUAUUAAAGCUUAUGUUGCAAACCGUGUGCUCCGAAGAAUAGAGGACGAAGAAGAUGUUAUUAUUGACAUUGCGAGAUCAGAAUUAUUGAAAAGGUGGUUAUUAUCAAUUCAUGACUCAGAAAGAAACCCAAAUAUUUAUACUCCCAAAUGUGAAGAAUCAAUAAAAGUUAUUUCACAGGUAGUUUCGUCUAGUGAAAAGUCUCGUGAAUUAUUUGAACAAUUUUUGGUUUUUUAUAUUUUGAAUAAACACUUACACAUCCAUGAAGAAUACAAUAAGAUCAUAGAAUCCUUACAGAUAUUAACUGAUCAUAUUAUAGAAAUGGCUAUAGAACAGCAGUCAGAUGAGAAUAAUAAUGUUACGGACUCCACAGAAGGAAGAAGUAUAAUGAAAUUAUUAUCUAUAAUUUCAUGCUGUGAUGAGCCUUUUGUCACCAAGGAACAAAUCGCCUCAUUAUAUCCUUACCUUCACGCUGACAAUAAAUCAGAUUUUCAAUUGAAUAUUCUGCGCGUUUACAGAAGCAGCUUUGAGAAGCUGUCUAAUUUUAAACCAAGAUUCCUAUAUGAUCUUGAAACGACAAUACUUUCCAGAUUGCCUAAGAUGAAUGUAAAGGAAUUGGAUGAGGCCAUUCCCCUAGCGUGGUCACUAACAGUACACAGGAAAGAUGAUACCAGAAUUUGCAAAGCCUGUGCAUCUUGCUUGGGCCAGUUGACACCGUAUAUAAACAGUGUUACAAAAGACCCUUCAUCCGUUAUGCCUGAUGGCAAACUACAGAGGCUAUUAUACCUGGCAACGGGGUUUGCUAGGUUCUGUAGUUUUGAAAAUACCGAAGAGAAGUUUCCCAAUUUGAAAUCUAAGGAAAGAGUUUUUGAAUAUGUCACUAAGUGUUUGUUAAUGUUUACAAAAGAAGGAAUCAACCAUGUUAUAAGGAGAAUAGCUACUAAAAAUUUGGUCAAAAUUGCAUCUAAAUAUCCUAAGCUGUUUAACUCAAGGCAUGUGUUAACAGUCUUAGAUGUUGAAUUUGAAAAGGGUCCUCUAGAUAUCCAAUUAGUUGUUUUAGAAAGUCUAUAUGACUUCUUCCUAGCAGAAGAGAAGAGAUCAAUAAAGCUGGCUGGAGUAAACGGGACUGUUUCAUCUAAUGAGGAGUUGAGAAAGAUGGUGCUUUUAACUAAUAAAAUGGAGUCACUUAAUGAUGGUAUUUGUUCCGCUCUGGUUUCCAGAUACCUGGAAAAAAUUUUAGACAUUUGUUUGAUCACUGAUCUAAGCAAUGCACUAGUUGCGAUACGUUUUCUCAAAUUGAUUCUAAGGUAUGGCUAUACAAACCCAUCAUUAUGCAUACCGACGGUGAUUGCAUUGAUGGCCUCUCCAAAUACCUAUAUGAGAAAUUUAGCCUAUGAGAUGCUUAUGGAGCUAUUUCAAGGAUAUGAGAGUAUGGUCUUCAAUGGAUUGGGCCAGGGAAUCAAACUAGGAUCAGAAUAUGCAAUCAAGUCACGACCUCUUCAAUAUUAUGAAGAUUCAGGAUUUUUAAGGAGGAUACAAGAACUGAUGUCGACAAAUAAAAAAAAUAAAUCGAAAUUUCUGAAAUCAGUUAAGAGGGUCUUUCUUAAUUUGCUUUCGAGCAGAAAUGCCUUAGGUCAAAUUUUUGGUUCUAAUGUUACGUUCUUGGUCCAUAAUUUAUCCAUCAUAUAUUAUGACAACCAAUAUGAAGUUUAUGAAAUGAUCAAAUCUAUAGAUAUUUUGUCAGAUAAUCUUAAGGAUAUUAUUUCCGAUAGGAUUCCAGAAUUCCAAAACUCUUCAGAGAAUACUAGCGAACUUUCUAGUUUGAUUGUGGCGAAACUUGCUAUUAAGGAAUUCAGAAGAUUUCUGUUUGAGAAAUACCACUUAUCUGAAACUAAGCUAUUGUCAAUUGGAACAUCAGAUGAAGACGACCUAAAAAAUAAAAUAGUUCCCGUUCUUAAUGGCACAUCAGAAACUCUACAGAAGGAUUCGAUAUUCCUUGGCUAUGAGAGUCCGUUCAACACUAAGGAAUUCUGUGAAAACUAUAUCAACGCUAUAAGCUCGGAUGAUGUUUAA